AUGAGUGCACGUUCCAGCCUCCCCAUCAUCAAGGAUGCGACUCCGCCACACUCUAACUCGGACACAUCCAAAAUAUCUGGAAAUGCCUCUGCAAAUAUCAAGCGCAUGCUGGGUGACGUACCCGCCAUUUUCACCUCGUAUUUCAAGCCAGAAGAGCGAGAGUACAAUGGGUUUGGGAGGGAUGUCCAGGACAAGAUGAUAGUUACCGAGCUCUCAGUCCUUCCUAAUGCCGAGGAUCCAAGCAAAAUGGAGGGGAGGGCAGUGUUUGAGCUUGAUGUCUCCCAAGAUACCCACCUCGCAAAUUUCAACACCCAAAUCCAGGCAUUUUUCCCAAUGAGUACUCCCGCUGGCACCAACCGUCCCACCAAAGCAACGUCAUCACCGCCGCACCUCGACAUCUCCAGAAUAUCAGGAAAUGCCUCUGAGGAAAUCAAACGCACACUCGGAAACAUACCUGCAAUCUUUGCCACUUAUAUAAAAUGUGGACGAUACACUGGCUUUGGAAAGGCUAUCAAGGAGAGGAUGAUGGUCACCGAGCUUUCGAUCAUUCCCAAAGCCGAAGAACCUUUGAAGUUGGAGGGAAGAGCGGUUAUUGAGAUAGACGUCAUGGAAGGAUUUCCUCACCGUACUUGGGCCCUAUGGCGAUUAGAUAUGGUCAAUGCAGAGGACAAUAUUCACGGUGGUUGUCUAGCGUUCUUAAUCGAUGUGUGA